GUUUCACUAAAACUUUAUUUCUUGUUUACUGUGGACAUUAAUUCUUGACUUCCUGACCGAAUGCCACCGUAACUUACCCAACACGCCCAACUGUGCGAACUUCUGGUAAUUAAUUACACACGCACAGUUACGGCUUUUCUGGCUGGCGUUCAUGAAGGGAUAUUCCUAAUACAUCAGCGAAAGUGGCAAGUCCCCGUCACGCUAACGCUCGUCCUGCCUGGCAGUAGCAUUUCAGCUCGGUCCGCAAGUAUCUGCCCUCCGUGAAUUUCCGGUGGCGUUGCGUUCUCGGUUAUGGACGGCCAGUCAGGGGCAACACUAGAUGAUGUAUCAGCACCGGCCGAUUCGUCGGGGAUGUUGCGUGAUGCGAGUAGGCACGUGGAAGAACCGGAGGAGUUCGGGUUGCUUGCAGACACAGGCGGUGUCAUGCCCGGGCCACCGUCGGCGGUUGAACGGCCGGCUGUGCUGCCAAGCGGCUUGCCAGAGGAGAUACAGUCGCAGACAGCAGACCUAAGGUCCCCAUCCUUACGACACCAUGAAAGCGCCGCUAGCAAACUAGGGAGCAAAGCCAUGCGGGCGGGAUCUAGUCCUGGUCAGACCUUUGUUUACAAGGAGCAUGCGGCGUCUCCUGUGCCAGCUAAGUCACCGUUCUCGCCCGACAGCACGGCGCAAAUCACGGGAUCACCACGGCCGCCAGGAUUGCAGGGCAGCCCCGGCAUGGUUCGCCGAGUAAGCAUCAGGGAGGGACACACUGUGCACCCCACCCGAGUGCUUGCAAAUGGCGACGCAUUCGUUGAAGACACACCCAUGCAGGGGCCUCUGCUGUCAAAGGAGGAGGAAGAGGACAUCGCCAGGACUUUCCGUGCUGGCAUUACGCGUGCUGGCUGGCUGCACAAGCUAGUGGGGAAGACACCCCUGGACGUGCACUGGAAAAAGUACUGGUUCUACAUUUCGGAGGACCGUCUUUACUACACAGCGAACGACAAGAACGCGUCUACAGUACGGUACAUCUGCCUCGAUCGUGUUCCUGUGCGUCCGCUACCGCACAGCAGGGCUCCCCGCAAGGGAUGGGUCGCGACGGUGCCGGACAUUGGCAUCUCACUCGUCGACCCGGCGAGCUUGCACCGGAAGCCCGGUUUCCCGAAUCCGGUGACCUCACCCCGCGGUACCGCCAUCCACGAGAAAAGCAGCGUCAUUGGCCUCGUGUCCGGGUCGCACACAUACUUCCUCGCGGCUUCAUCCCACGAGGAGGCGGAAGCAUGGCUCAAGGCGCUGCGGGAAACCUGGUACCACUGCUUCAAGCACACUCUGCGCGCAAGCAACCUGCGCAGCCAGCAAGGGUUGCACACUACCUCCAAGGUCAUGAUGGAGAACGUGGCGCUGCGCGAGAGCGUGCGCGACCUCACCGCUAAGGCGCAGGGCAUGGACAGCGAGUACUGGAGGCAAUGGCUGGAAGAGAAGGCGCGCAACCGCUUUCUGGAGCAGCGCAACGCGGACGUGGCCGUCUACGAGGUGGAGGUCAAGACGGGCAGGAUGAAGGGUUCCUCCACGGACGCGCGCGUGUACUUGGAGAUGUACUCGGCGCACGAUGAGGGCGUGGCGACGGGGGAGGUCCGGCUGCUGGAUAAGGACACACACGCCAAGCCCUUUGGACGCGACGCGCUGGACCUGUUCGUGAUCCCCUGCCGCGACGUGGGUCUUCCCAACCACAUCAAGGUGUGGCACGACAACACCGGCCGGCGGCCCGACUGGUUCCUGGAGUGGAUCCGCAUUCGCAAGAAGGGCGCCGUCAACUGGACCGUCUACCCCUGCCAACGCUGGUUCUCAACGCACCUGGAUGACUCACGCAUCAGCCGGAUCUUGUUCGCGGGCAGGUCCACGCCGUACGUGCAGUACAAGGUUGUGACCUACACCUCGGACCUGCGCGGCGCGGGCACGGACGCCAACGUGCACCUCAUCAUGCACGGAACCCUGGGUGACAGCGCACGCCACGUGCUGUCCAGCGGAGCGGAUGACUUCGAGCGUGGCAUGGUUAACGAGUUCACCCUGGACGAUGAGGAGCUGGGGGACCUGCUGGAGAUUACCGUCGGCCACGACAACACGGGUCACGGUCCCAGCUGGCACCUCGACCACGCGACCAUCACCAACAUGAAGACCAACCUCACCUACCUCUUCCCCUGCCGCAUGUGGUUCGACUCGCGGCUGGGGGAUGGUGCAUUGGAGCGCACCCUGCAAGUAGCCGACUCGCUGCUGCAAGACACGCACUACGUCUUCCACAUCACCACCAGCGACAUCCGCGGCGCGGGCACCGACGCUGACGUGUUCGUGACGCUGCAUGGCGAGCUGGGUGACACGCCCGCCACCAUCCUGCCCUCGCAACUGGAGCACUUUGAGCGUGGACAGACGGAUACCUUCAGGCUGGCGCUUCCGCACGUGGGCAAGCUGCGCGCCCUCACCAUCGGCCACAACAACAAGGGUGAGGGGCCCGACUGGCACCUGCUCAUGGUGGACGUGGCGGAGGAGGCGGCCGGCGGGCUGCUAGGGCCGCCCACGCGCUUCGUGUGCAACAAGUGGAUCGGACUGGGGCACCCGGACCCUGACAGCGGCGCGACGGAGGGCGUGCUGCAGCGCACGUUGAGGCCGGGUGGGGAGGACCCUCGGCAGGAGAUGACGGAGUACCGGCUGGAGUUCCACACUGGCACGCUGCGCGGCGCCGGCACCGACGCCACCGUGACCUUCUCGCUGAGCGGAGACCGCGGCGAGAGCGGCCCGGUGCGGGUCGACGCGCCGCUGGAGGCGUUUGAGCGCGGCGGCAUCGACGCCUUCACGUUCCGGUUGCGGCGGUUGGGCAAGCUGCGGCGGCUGCUGGUGUCGCACGACAACACCGGCAAGAACCCGGCGUGGCACCUGCUCAAGGUGGUGGUCACCAGCUCCCACCCGGAGGAGGCCGAGCCCACGGUGUUCAUCUGCAACCGCUGGCUGCAAGACGCCGAGCGCUCGCGGCACCCCUCCGUGGAGCUGGUGCCGGGCGGGGAGCUGCCCGCCACCCUGCACUACAAGGUGGAGGUGGCCACGUCGGACAUCAAGGGUGCCGGCACGGAGAGCCGCGUCUUCCUGGAGAUCCGCGGCUCGCUGGGCAAGGUGGGUCCCAUCCACCUGGACAACCCAACCGCCUUCGAGCGCGGCGCGCGCGACACCUUCGUCAUCGACGCCCCCGAUCUGGGUCAGCUGCUGAGCCUGUUGGUGACAUGCGACGGCAGCGGCAUGCGGCCGCUGUGGCACCUGGACUGCAUGACGGUGUGGCGCGACGCGGGGGAGACGGACCCCGAGGCGGGCGUGUACUUCCCGUGCAGGGCCUGGUUCGACAAGGACACCGGGUUCGUGAAGGAGCUGCUGCCCAGCCGCCGUACACUGGACGUCGUGAAGGUGCCGUACGUCCUCAAGGUCUUCACGGGCGACCUGAAGAACGCGGGCACGGACGCCAGCAUCAGUGUGAACCUGGUGGGCGAGCGGGGGGAGAGCGGCUACGUGCCGCUGCUGGCCAACUACGACACAUUCGAGCGCGGCCAGGUGGACACCUUCGAGCUGCUGCUGCCCGACGUGGGCCGCCCCUCGCACCUGCUGGUGCGCAGCGACGGCAGCAGCCGCAAGCCCACCUGGUACCUGGACUUCGCGGAGCUCACCGCGCACAUGAUACCGCCCACCUACUUCGUGGCAGGUCUGUGGCUGGGUCCGGAGACCGGGCUGGAGAUCCGGGUGCCCGCCAGCUACAUGGACCCACGGGUCGAUCGCGCCGAGUACCUGGUGCAGGUCUACACCUCGGACGUCAAGAAUGCCGGCACGGACGCGGGCAUCUGGAUUGAGCUGGUGGGCGAGCGGCUCACCAGCGGUCGCCAGGCGCUCAUUGACACCAGCAAGGACACCUUUGAGCGAGGCCAGGUCGAUGACUUCAAGGUGCUGUGUCGCCAGCUGGGUCCGCUGAAGGCGGUGCGGGUGUGGCACGACUGCAAGGGAGCCGCAUGGCACCUGGACAUGGUGGUGGUCACCCUGCAGACAGGCGAGAAGUACUUCUUCCCGCUGGCCAGCUGGCUGGGUCCGCAGACCCCCACCGUGGAGAUCCCGGUGGGGCUGCAGAACCCGCAUGCGGACCGCCGGACAUACAAGGUGGUGGUGCGCACCUCCGACCUGCCCGGUGCCGGCACCGACGCCAACGUGUACUGCGAGCUGCGCGGCACCCGCGGCGCCACCUCGCGCACCACCCUGCGCAACAAGGCGCUCAACUGCUUCGAGAGAGGACAGGCGGAUGAGUUCGAGAUCAAGUCCAACGACCUGGGUGCGCUCACGGAGUUGCUGAUCGGCCACGACAACAGCGGUGUGGGGCCCGGCUGGCACCUGGAGCAGGUGGAGGUGACGGACCCGCUGUCCAACCAGGUAUGGUACUUUGAGUGCAACAAGUGGUUUGACUCCAAGGAGGGGGACCGGCUGCUGGAGCGGGUGCUGCCGGCGUCGCUGCAGAACCCCCGCAGCAACCGGGCGCUGUACAAGAUCCGCGUCAAGACCAGCGACCGGCCGGGGGCGGGCACGGAUGCCAACGUGUUCAUCGACCUGCGGGGAGACAUCGGAGCCACAGGCAAGACGUUUUUGAAGAACCGCAAGCUCAACAACUUUGAGCGCAACGGCGUCGAUGACUUUGAGAUCACGCACCGACCCCUGGGUCGGCUGAGCGAGCUGCUGAUCGGCCACGACAACAGCGGCAUGGGCGCCUCCUGGCACUUGGAGCAGGUGGAGGUGGUGGACGGCACCACAGGCGUGACCACCUACUUUGAGUGCAACGCCUGGCUGAGCGCCACGGAGGAGGACUGCCGCCUGGAGCGCCUGCUGCAAGCCUCCCUGGAGAACCCAGCCAGCAAGAAGACGCAGUACAAGAUUGCGGUGGUCACCAGCGACAAGAUGGGUGCGGGUACGGACGCCAACGUGUUCAUCGACCUGUACGGCACGGACGGCGCGCACACGGGCAGGGUGCUGCUGAACAACAAGGGCAACGACUUCGAGCGCGGGCAGACCGACACAUUCACGAUCGCCAGUCGCGAUGUGGGUCCCCUCAAGAAGAUCCGGGUGGGCCACGACAACUCCGGUGUGGGGGCCGCCUGGCACCUGAACCGCGUGGAGGUGACCAACCUGAAGAGCGGCGAGCACCGCAUCUUCCCCGCCAACAAGUGGUUCAGCAAGAGCCACGAGGACUUCCAGAUAGAGCGGGAUCUCUUCCCGGGAGACGUGCCGGAUCUGAAUGUGCCGUACGAGGUGGUGGUGGUGACCUCGAACCUGCCGGGGGCGGGUACGGAUGCGAAUGUGUUCGUACACAUGUUUGGCAGCGAUGGCGAGGCGGGUCCGCUGCGGCUGGACAACCCGCGCAACAACUUCGAGGCGGGUGACACGGACGUCUUCCACAUCCGCGCACCCGACUGCGGCGACCUCAAGAAGAUCCGGCUCUUCCACGACAACAAGGGCAUGGGCGCUGCCUGGCACUGCGAGAUGGUCAUUAUCACCAACAAGCUCCGCAAGCGCACCUGGUUCUUCUACUGCGGCCAGUGGCUGGACAAGCGCUCAGGUGUGGAGAAGCUGCUGCACGCCUCCGACACCGACCCACGGGCCAGUCUGGUCACCUACACCGUCACCGUGCACACCUCGGACGUCAAGGGCGCCGGCACGGACGCCAACGUGUGCAUGGAGGUGCACGGCGUCAGGGGCAGCAGCGGAGUGCGGGAGCUCAAGGGCAAGGGCAACUUGUUCGAGCAGGGCAAGUCGGAUCGCUUCAUCUUCAAGCUGGCUGACCUGGGCGACCUCACGGAGCUGGAGAUCUGGCAUGACGGCAAGGGCUUGGGAGCCGGCUGGCACCUGGACUUUGUGGAGGUGCACAGCAGCGCGACUGGCAAGAUCUACUACUUCCCGUGCGGCCGGUGGCUUGACGUCAAGGAAGAUGAUGGCGCCAUCCGCCGCCGUCUGCCCGUGUCGUACAAGGACCCACGGGUCUUCAAGUCGCAGUAUCGCGUGAGCGUUACGACGUCGGACAUCCGCGGCGCCGGCACGGAUGCCAAUGUGUUCGUUCAGCUGUUUGGCGACGAGGGGCAGACCGGGCGUGUGAAGUUGGACAACCCGGGGAAGAAUGACUUUGAGCGCGGCAACACGGACGUGUUCCUGUUCGAGGAGGCCAACGUGGGGCCCCUCAAGAAGAUCCGCAUCGGCCACGAUGGCAGCGGUUUCGGAGCUGGCUGGCACCUGGCGCGGGUGGUGGUGGAGAACCUGAGCAGCGGGCAGGUGGUGGGCUUCGAGGUCAACAGGUGGUUUGACAAGGGGGAGGACGACGGAGCCAUCGAGCGGGACCUGUUCCCCAACGUCGGGGUGGCGGCCGGGCCGGGGGCGGCAGCGGGCGUCAACUGGCGCCUGGUCGUCGUGACGGCCAACGAGUCCGGCGCCGGCACCGACGCCGACGUGUUCGUCACCCUGGCGGGCGAGCAGGGCUCCUACGGCCCCUACACGCUGCCCGCCGCCAAGGCCGCCUUCGAGACCGGCACCACCGACACCUUCAGCCUCACCACCCCCGAGCUGGGGCGCAUCAAGUCGCUGACCAUCGGGCACAACAACAAGGGCUUCGGAGCGGCGUGGUGCCUGGCGCGGGUGGAGCUGGAGAACAUGAAGACGGGCGAGCGCUACCUCUUCAACUUCCAGAACGCCUGGCUGGACAGCAAGCACGGCACCAGCCGCACCCUGGCGCCCACCGCACUGCCCGAGGGCGCCGCAGCCCGGGGCGCCUCCUCCACCUCCCUGCUGGGCGAGGCAGCCAGCGUGGCCACCAUGGCGGCUGCGGGCGAGGGCAAGGCCAACUACCGGCUGGAGGUGGCGACGGCGCUGGGGCCGGAGGGGGCGCUGGCGCCGGGGCAGGCGCAGGUGGCGGUCAACAUCAUGGGGGCGCAGGAGCAGACGGGCUUCCAGGAGUUGGAGAUGCCGUCCGGCGGCUUCCAGCCUGCUCGUGUGGAGGUGUUUGGGCUGGCGGGGCUGCCCGCAGUGGGGGCCAUGACGCAGCUGCAGCUGCUGCUGGCGCCUCCAGCGCAGCCGGAGGGGCAGCAGCAGCAGCAGCAGCAUGAGGGGCAGCAGCCCAUGCAGCAGGGGCAGCAGCCCUACAUGGGAGCUGGGUUGGUUCCUCCGGCAGGCAUGGCUGCGGGGAUGAUGAUGAUGGGGGGUGCUGGACAGGGUGUCGGCGCUGGGUACGGUCCGGGUGGGGGUCAGGUGCCACCGGCGCCGCCGCCACUGGCGUGGUGGGGCGUGCGGCACGUGCGCGUGAUCAACGAGACCAGCGGCGAGACGGCGGUGUUCGUGCCGGAAGGUCCUCUGCAGCCCGGCGUGCCCUGCCUGCUGCCGCGGUGGCACCCGGCCCCAUGCGACUACCGCGUGGAGGUGCAGACGGGCGACACGUUCGGCGCGGGCACGGCGGCGCAGAUCAGCAUCAACAUAUUCGGAGAGAUGGGAUCCACGGGCCGGCAGCACCUCUCCCACGAGGCCGCCUCAGCGGGGCCCGCCGCCGGGGGCAGCGGCGCGGGCGGGCUGUGCGGCGACGUGUGCGCGCGCCACCCCGCCCCCUUCGAGCGCAACUGCCUGGACACGUUCCUGCUGCGGGGGCUGCAGGACACGGGGGACAUCCGGCAGAUCGACAUCGGGCAUGAUGACAGCGGCGCAGGGUCGGCCUGGUUCCUGGCCUGGGUGCGCGUGAGCAACCUGACGACCGGCGCCUCCGCCUACUUCCUGUGCGACAGCUGGCUGGCCAAGAACAAGGGAGACGGCUUCACCCGCCGCAUGCUGACAGCCAUGACCACCGCCGGCCCCUCGCUCGGCAACCCCGGCAUGCCCCCGCCGCCCGACGGCACCGCAACGGCCCACGUCAGCAUCCUCGGCCCCUCCUCCUCACCCCACUUCCAGCAGCACCCCGCUGCCGCUGCCCCCCUCUCGCCCGCCGCCCUGGAGGCCCUGAGCCGCAAGCUGGGUGGCCUGGCCGUGGGCGCCCCCGGCUACCAGCUGACGCUGCACACCUCCAACGUGUGCAUGGCGGGCACCGGGGCGGGCGUGUUCUUCGAGCUGAUCGGGGAGUUCGGAUCCUCGGGCACCGUCGUCAUCCAGCCCCAGCCUCAGCAGUUCAAUCGCGGCUCCUCCGACACCUUCCUCUUCCCGCGGCUGCCCUUCCUGGGUCCGCUGCUGCAGCUGCGGCUGGGCACCACCGGCACCGGCCUGGCCGCCAGCUGGCACCUGCGGGCCGCCGAGGUGGUGCACCUGGCCAGUCGGGAGCGCACCGUCUUCCACUGCCACAACUGGAUCGACAGGAAGGUGAACUGGCAGCGGGUGCUGCUGGCGGCGCCGGGGCCGGGUGCGGGGACGGGGGCGGGUGCGGGGAUGGGGGCGGGUGCGGGGAUGGGGGUGGGGAUGGGGAGCAUGGUGGCGGGGAACAUGCUGUGAAGGGUGGUGGGGGAAAAUAAAUAAGUAAAGGAAGGAGGGAGGAUGAAGGGGCCGCGGGAGGAGAAGGAUGAAGGGAAGGUGUGGUCAGAAGGUGCGGCUGAAAGGAAGAAAGCCCAAUGGUAGCCCCCCGGAGGGUUCGGACUUAAGAAUGCUUGUGGUGUCGAUGUGGGUUAGGGGGAGAAUGGAGGCUGCUGGUUUUUUGCGUGCAGUUAAAAGCCCCUGUAGAAUGUGAUGUGUAUAUUGAUGUGUAUAAGGUUGGAGAGCCGGGUGUACAUAUUGUAUGUACGUAGGUGUUUGUUUAUGGUCUCUAGAUUCCGGUAUGUGAGUAUCCAUCCAAGAUCACCUAGGGAUGGAUGCACCGACAGUGACUAAGGCGCGCAAUUCAUACUGAUGCGUGCGCAUUGUUAAUAUGUAUCUUUGCAUUUGUGUCCAGCUUUCUUUUACUCCUUUGUUCUUUGGAGUCCCCUAACUCUGCUGUCUUUUUUGGAUAGGUGUGUGCCAGUCGGGCCGGAUCUGUCGGUGGAUUUGGUUUGUACGAUUGUACCGGUCCGAUACAGUCUAGUCAUCGCCACAUGCGCGCUUGCACAAGCAGCCACAACAGAGCCCAAUGGAACAGUCUGCAUUUAUACUUCCAGCUGGUAACAUUCUCCUCUUAGUUAUGUAAAAGAGCCCAUACCAGACGGUGUUUACGUCACUGCACCAUCGAAGCCUCAGACAAUCCUUUCCUAACGCGAAAUGACGCUCCAAACCGCGGCCCAACGCGGUUUGAUAGCCGCUCUGCAACCCGUCAAUCCUAUAUCCAGCGUAGCGGCUACCAGUGUUGUCUACAAUGCCCUUCACGGCGGCAAGACGGCGCAGCAGGCGUUGGAGGCCGCCCUUUCGAAAGCCCUAGCCCUAGGACCUUUCGCAGACCGCAGAAGCGUGGCAACGGCCCGCGACAUUAGAAACAAGACGAAGAACAAUGUACUGGCGGCGGUAAAUAGCUACGAGGUUUCGUCGUCACGGAGGGCGAUGGCGUCGCGCGGCGCCGCGGUUUCGCAGCAGCAGCGACCCAUGGGGCGGCUCUUCCUGGAGGCGGCCGUCAG